AUGACCUCCUGUUCCUCUCAACUGGCGGUCGAAACUGAACUCUACGAUAUUCUAGGCGUACCGGCGACAGCUUCUGACGCCGAUAUUAAGAAGGCGUACCGCAAAAGGGCCAAAGAUCUACAUCCAGACAAGAACAUCAAUGACCCUGAAGCCAUUCAGAAGUUUCAGGAGCUGGGUGCCGCUUAUGAAGUUCUGAGCGAUCCAGAUUCAAGAGAAGCAUAUGAUAACUUUGGAAUGUCCGGCAUGGGUGGCCAAGGCGGAGGGCCAGGCGGAGCAGCGGCUAUGGACGAAUUCUUCGCCCAGUUCUUCGCUGGCGGUGGGCCCGGUGGCGCUCAAUUUGGCUUCGACUUUGGUCCCGGUUUCCCUGGCGGUGGACGGGGGAGGUCACAAGAUGAAGUCGUACCGUAUGAUGUCAAGCUCGAAGACCUUUAUAACGGCAAGACCGUGCAUCUGAACCUCGAGAAAACCGUGCCAUGUGCGACGUGCCAGGGCUCUGGCGCAAAGACUGGCGCAAAACCGAAACCCUGCGUCAAAUGCGAGGGCCAUGGUUACACGCACGUCCAUAGCUCGCUUGGUCCCAACAGGAUAGGCACUUCGCGGGCGGUAUGUACUGAUUGUGAGGGCCGCGGCGAGAAGAUCAGGGAGAAGGACAGGUGUAAGAAGUGCAAGGGUUCGCGUACCGUCACCGAGAAGGCCAAGCAAGAUAUCUUUGUCGAGCGUGGCAUGUCGGACGGCCAGAAGAUAGUACUACCAGGUGCCGGUGAUCAAAUGCCCGGAUCCCCACCAGGGGACGUCGUGUUCGUCUUGAAAAUGGCUCACCAUGACUUCUUUGAACGCUCUGGCAAUGACCUUCUGACCACUGUCAAAAUUACAUUAUCCGAAGCGCUUCUUGGUUUUGACAGGAUCCUCGUCACGCAUCUCGACGGCCGUGGCGUCCGCGUCGCAAGUCCAAAAGGCAAAGUUGUUCAGCCCGGACAGUCGAUCGUUCUUCGCGGGGAGGGCAUGCCAACAUACAAGACCCCCGACGUCAAGGGUGACCUCUACGUUGUCUUGGAUGUUGAGAUGCCCACAUCGGACUGGCUACGGACUAUUGACCUAACGCAACUAGCAAAACUUCUCCCACCUAAACGCUCGGACCCAGAACCGGAACCUGCGAUAGUCGAUGUUGCAACGUAUGAGGAGGCUGAACUUGGUGACUUUGGCGACGACGAGGACGCAUGGGAGGAUGAAGACGAAGACGAAGACGGCGAGCCCGAAUGCCGGCCACAAUAG